AUGUUUUUUCAGGUGAAUUAUCAGAAUAUUGAUGCAACCAGAAGAUAUGGCAUUGUUGAUUUAAAUUGAAGUGGGUAUGCUAAAAUUAACUUACAGAAAAUGAGCAGGCUGAAUUAAUAGUUUCUCAAUUAAAAAGGAACUUUUUGUAAUGUAAAUGAGCCAGAAAUCAACAGAAAUUUACAGCCAGUCCACCCUGAUCGCUAUUGUAUUACUUACGACAGAAAUUUUUUUUUUGGUGGGGAAGAGGGGUGCUAAACUAAUCAAAAUUCCAUUAUAUAGUUUGAUUGACAGAUCAGUAACAUAAAUUGUCUUGUGCACCAUGUACAGUGCUGGACGGGAAUUCAGGUCACUUUAUGUUCAUCAAGUGGCGAGCUUAACUUGUUUAAUUUUUUUUUUGGCUUUUUUUUUUAAUCCUAGGUUGGGCACACCACACCAGGGACAUUGACGCUGAAGUUUGCUAAGCCAAGUGGUAACACAGUGUUCUUACAGCCGUCAAUCGUUGAGGAAAUCGAAUAUCACUUGGCAUUUACCCAACAAUACCUUCAUCAGCUACGGAAGGAAGCCGGUACAUUGGGUGAUAACUUAAUGCAGCUGCUAGUGGUUUCUACAGUAAAUGGCCAGGACUGUGCUACUGAAAAGAUAAGGGUAGAUGGAAUAAUGCCGUACACGUUUGUACAUGGUAGAAGCAAAACACCAUCCUCAAAAAUAGAUCAGUCAGUCGGUGAUGGAAGUCCUUCGUAUUGUCAACCUGAAGAAAAUUCGGAUCCACCUAUUUACCAGGAAGUGAAAGACCCAACCGCGCUAAAUUACAAUGAUACACGACUUCAACAAGAACACGUCUUAGGUGCGGAAGGAGGCAAUCCUCCAGAGGACAAAGGGCAGCAAUCCCUUAAAGAGGGACCAUCCCCAGAUAGAGGAGAAAAGAACCCACCAUACCCUUCUAUUCAUCAGGCAGUUAGCCAUCAAAACACAUCGGAUACUGGUGCUAAGGAGCUCUCAUCAGGUGCAAGUGUGAAGAAUCCACCUUAUCCUCCAAUUCACCGAGCGGUUAGAGAUCAAACUACACCAAAGGACACGGGACAACGACUCUUGAAGGAGAAUUCCUCCUCGAGUGGAGAAGAAAAGAAUCCAUCCUAUCCUUCUAUUCACCAGGCAGUUAGUGACCAAUGCACACCAAAAACCGAUCAGCAAGAAGACUCCUCAAAUAUAGGUACGAACAAUCCACAGUAUCCUCCAAUUCAUCAGGCGGUCAGAGAUCAACCUGCACCAGAAGACACAGGACACGUAAUCUUCAGGGAGUAUCCCCCCUCAGGUGGAGAAGAAAAGAAUCCAUCCUAUCCUUCUAUUCACCAAGCAGUUAGUGAUCAACGAACACCGGACACUGGUCAACAAGAAGACUCGUCAGCCACAGGUACGAACAAUCCAAAGUAUCCUCCAAUUCAUCAGGCAGUCAGAGAUCAACAUACACCAGAGGACAUAGGACAACGACUCUUCAAGAGGGAUCCCCCCUCUGGUGGAGGAGAAAAUAAUCCAUCCUAUCCUUCCAUUCACCAAGCAGUUAGUGAUCAACAAACACCAGACACUGGUCAGCAAGAGGACUCGUCAGCCACAAGUACGAACAAUCCAAAGUAUCCUCCAAUUCAUCAGGCAGUCAGAGAUCAACAUACACCAGAGGAAAUAGGACAACGACUCUUUAAGGAGGACCCCCCCUCUGGUGGAGGAGAAAAUAAUCCAUCCUAUCCUUCCAUUCACCAAGCAGUUUGUGAUCAACGCACACCCGACACUGGUCGUACUAAGAACAAUUUACAGUAUCCUCCAGUUCAUCAAGCAGUCAGAGAUCAACCCACUCCAGAGAACAUAGGACAAUUACUCUUCGAGGAGGAACCCCCCUCAGGUAGAGAAGAAAAGAAUCCAUCCUAUCCUUCUCUUCACCAGGCAGUUGGUGAUCAACGCCUACCAGACACUAGUCAGCAAGAGUCUUCAAGUACAGGUACGAACAAUCCACAGUAUCCUCCAGUUCAUCAAGCGGUCAGAGAUCAAUUUACUCCAGAGGACAUAGGACAACGACUCUUCAAGGAAGAACCCCUCUCAGAUGGAGCAGAGAGGAAUCCGUCUUACCCUUUCAUUCACCAAGCAAUCAGUGAUCAACACACAACACACGAUCAGCAAGAACACUCAUUAAGGGCAGGGGGAAACAAUCCACAAUAUCCUCCAAUUCACCGAGCAGUCAGAGAUCAACCCACAACAGAAGACGUAGAUCAACGACCCCCGCGGACGGAACAGUCCUCAGAUGGAGGAGAAAAGAAUCCAACAUACCCUUCCAUUCAUCACGCAGUUGACGAUCGAAGUGAACUACACGCGGGUCAUUUGAGAAACUCUCCAGGCGCAGGUGCAAACAAUCCACCAUACCCUCCCAUUCAUCAAGCAGUUAGCGAUCAGCCACCAGACUCCAGAGACCAUGAGCACUCAUCAAAUGCAAGUGAAGCCGAUACUUCCCAGCGCGUACCUAGAGGUCAGAAUAUAACGGAAAACACUGGGCGCCAAAAUACAGGAGCUCAGUGUGAUUGA